AUGCCUCUGACCUACCCCAGGAAUCACCUCAAGAGGGUGUCAUCUGUUGGUAUCAUAGUGUUUGAGCUGGCGUAUUUCGUGGAUGCACUCCUGAUCAUGUGUCUGCCCUGUCCUCCAGACUGGGAGAUCUUCAUGCUUUGGGGGAAGAUGGCUCGCAUUGGAAGCUUUCAUAAGUUCCUCUAUUACGCCGUUAUGUCUGUGGUCUGCUUUGUGCACCCUGUGUUGGUGUGGCAUGCAGUUAUCCCAGGUGUAAUGCUUCUUGUGACAGCAACUUUCAACUUCAUACUAAGCAAGAAAACAAAGACAAAGUCUCCCAAAAGACCUCAGGAGGGCUAUCGUGAUCAAAGUUUGGCGUUGGUGACUAUAAAUGAGAGAACAGGCUCGGACAACACUUUAUUCAACAUGGUGACAGGAAGUAAAGAGGCGGGACUUCCUCCCACAACCAGAGACUGUUUGGGUGACAGAGCAGAGAGCUCCCAGGCCAUGCUGGAGCAGGAGCAAACAGCAGCACCAAAAGAAGCAGACAGAGACCCGAGGAGGUGGAAAGACAGGCGUGACAUAUAUUUUAGGGGAAGGGAGGAGCCUCUAGAACAAGAGCUGGAGAUGGAAAAGUACUAUGAGCUGGAGCCGGAUAUCACCUCAGACACUGCUCCUAUGAUAAACAACUGAGGGUACGCAGAGCCAACAAAUGAUGGAAGCACAUUUAAUGCAUUUAUACUGACUGACACAUAAGAUGAGGCAUCGCUGUGGCAGGAUUUAGAUUUUGUCAAAGCAUGGUCAAAUUACAGAGCCCAUAAAGGGACAAGAACAAAAAUGAUUAUCUUUCUGUGUUUUCAUGUUGAUAUUA